AUGGUUUCAACUCAACACCAACAACACAUUUAUAUUUCUGUUAAUGUUCAAAACAUUUAUAUGUCUUGUGAAGCAAAACAUGCUGAAAACUAUGAAGUCUACAAGCAAUCUACAUUUAAUUACAAUCAUAAAGAUAUAUACGCUCAUAGUGAUAAACAAGACAAUAAUUGUCAAAUAAUAGAAGUGCCUAAUCAAGUAGAAUUUAACGCUAAUCCUAGUGAAAGUAGAUCCCAAUUUGACCAAAGUUGUAAAGAAGCUAAAAUAACAAGAAAAAAUAAAGCACCACCAUGUAAAUGGAAGGAAGAAGCCAUAAAAUAUUUACUAGCCUACUUGAAAGCAAAUAAAGAAAAGGUUCUACGGCUGGAAAGUCGUGGUUCUAUAGCUG